AUGGCGGACGCAGACUUCAACCCCCAGGCCGUCGACCUCGACUCGGCGGACCCCCGAGACAUCAUCUGCUACCUCAACGCCGGCGGCAACGAGUACAAUGGACGUCUCGGCGUGCGUGUUUCGGCGCUGUUUGUCAUCAUGAUUGUCUCGACGGCCGUGACCUUCUUCCCCGUCCUGGCCACCCGCGUUCGACGCCUGCGCAUCCCCCUCUAUGUCUACCUCUUUGCCCGCUACUUUGGCGCUGGCGUUAUCAUCGCCACAGCCUUCAUCCACCUCCUCGACCCGGCCUAUGAGGAGAUUGGACCGGCGAGCUGCGUCGGCAUGACUGGCGGCUGGGCUCAAUACAGCUGGCCCCCUGCCCUGGCCCUGACCUCGGCCAUGCUGAUCUUCCUGCUGGACUUCUUGGCCGAGUACUACGUCGACAGGAAAUUCAAACUGGCCCAUGUUGAGGUCGAAGACACCAUCACUGACGGCCUGAUGGAUCGUGCUCCUAGCGACAAGCCAAGCGAUGACUUCGACGUCGAGGAACUCAAGGAUCUUGAAGGCGACUCCGAGAAAGUGGCCUUUGGCUUUCAGUCUCAGAUUGCGGCCUUUUUGAUUCUGGAGUUUGGCGUUCUCUUCCACAGCGUCAUCAUCGGCCUCAACCUCGGUGUUGCUGGCGAUGAGUUUAGCACUCUGUAUGCAGUCAUCGUCUUCCACCAGUCCUUUGAGGGCCUGGGUAUUGGCGCCCGUUUGAGUGUCAUCCCAUUCCCCAGGCGCUUUAAGUGGAUGCCUUGGUUUCUCUGCGCUGCCUAUGGAUUGACGACUCCUAUUGCCAUUGCCAUCGGCCUCGGCGUGCGGACUACAUACAACAGUGGUUCCUUUACCGCCAACGUUGUGUCUGGCGUUCUUGAUUCGAUUUCUGCUGGUAUCCUCAUCUACACCGGCUUCGUCGAGAUGAUUGCGCGCGACUUCCUCUUCAACCCGUAUCGCACGCAGGACAAGAAGCGUCUGGCAUUCAUGCUCUUUUCUCUGUAUCUCGGCAUCGCAAUCAUGGCGCUGCUUGGAAAGUGGGCUUAAAGGCGGAUGAGAGCAUGAAGCAUGCGGUGGAAAAAAAUGGCUAUAGGAAGAGAGUAAGAUAGAUAUACCCAUGGCGAGGAUUAGAGAAUGCAUGCACACGAGCAUGCAAAACUGCUGUACCAAAAGGGAGAAGGACUUGGAUUGAAUAUCACCUUCCACAUAUAUUGGUUCUAGGAUUUGGGACUUGAUCUAUUUAGAGCAUUUCCAAUUUGAUAUUGCAUCGCACUAUUUAUUUUUGUUGCAUCCAUAGACAUACAUGUACCAAUUCAUAAAUUUCAGCCGCAUCCUUUCCAUCACCUAGAUUGUGUAAAUGAGCUUUGACGCGCUGACCUUGCCCUGGCGCAGCUCCUCCAAGCCCACCAACACGCCCUCGAGGCCGCUGCCGCCGCGAUUGACCUCGAUCCUGGGAGCCUUGAGCUUGCCC